AGAUUGAGAAUAAGAAACCCAGGAUGGCAAAGUUCGAGCUUGCAGGCUCCUAUGUUGCUCUGAUCACUCCUUUCACUGACAACGAUGAGGUCGAUUAUGCCAAGAUCGAGGAGCUCGUGGAAUGGCACAUUGCUGAGGGUACUGCUGGCAUUGUGCCAUGUGGGACGACAGGAGAAUCUCCUACCUUGACCGAGGAGGAGAACAAGAAGGUCAUCGAGACUGUUGUCAAGAAGGCAAACAAGCGAUGCCAUGUGGUCGCUGGAGCCGGUGGAAACUGCACCAAGAAGGUGGUUGCGUUCACCAAGUGGUGCAAGGAGAUCGGGGCUGACUGCGUCUUGAGCGUCAUCCCAUACUACAACAAGCCAACCCAGGAUGGCCUUUACGGGCACUUCAAGGCUGUGGCUGAUGUUGGAAUCCCAGUGAUGCUGUACAACAUUCCGGGACGUUGCGGAGGUGGAGGUCUCACCUCUGCCACCAUUGCCAAGUUGUACAACGACUGUCCGACCAUCUGUGCUGUGAAGGAGGCUACGGGCUCCGUGGAUUUCUCCUCUGAGAUCUCUUCUGUCUGCGGCAUCCAGAUCUUCUCAGGAGAUGACUCUCUCACUGUUCCCCUCAUGAGCAUCGGAGCCAAGGGUGUGGUCUCUGUAGCGGCAAACCUUACCCCCCGCAAGGUUGCUGAUCUUUGUAAGGCCAUGAAGGACGGAGAUCUCAAGAAGGCCCAACAGCUGCACUCUGAGCUCUACAAGCUUUGCAAGGCAAUGUUCUGUGAGACCAAUCCUAUCCCUUGCAAGGCUGCUGGAGCCAUGAUGGGCAAGUGGAAGAACAAUACCAGAUUGCCCAUGACUCCUAUGAAGGCUGAGAAUGAGCCACAGCUUAAGGCGGCUCUUCAGGCUGCUGGACUUCUUUAGAUGAUUAUUGCACAUGGCUGCUGCUAGAGGUUCAACAAAUAUUACGGUUGGUGCGAUCACUGUCAUAC